UGAACGAACACUCAACCAGAGUGCCUAGUAUGACUUGACUCUCCAAUGAGGUCUUCAUCAGGUCUCAACCUACAGACUUCAUCGUUAUCAGAUAUAUCAUUAUCUCCCUCCAUGCCCCCAAGCCAGAUUUCAACUCCAGACGCUUCACAAAUGCUCCUUCCGCCAGCAUCCGACACCAUUCUUCAUUUCCUCCCAUCUUUCCUGUUUAACCAUGGAAAGCGUGCAAGGGUAGAAAGCGCUCAGGAAAGAACAUUGUGAAACUUGCCACACUUACAGAAACAUAAAGGUGGUUGUUCAUGCUGUAUUGGCUGCCAGAAAAACGAGUGGGAAGAUGGUGGUGGAGUGUUUAGCACGAGAGAUUAUUGCUG